ACGUAUUUCAAUGAAAGACCAGGUGGACCCCAAAUCCACAGACCUUUGCUCAGCAGCCGAGGGCAGUAAAGCCCGGUUGCUGGGGCGGGGAGCGGGCCCGGGCGGACUACAGCUCCCGAAGGGCUGCGGGCGGCUCCGCUUCCUGCCCCGGCCGCGGGAGCCCAUGGAGCCGACGGAGGGCGCCGAGGAGGAGCGGGUGGUGCAGUGCCCCGUGUGCCUGCGGGAGCUGCCGGGCGCCGACAUCAACCCGCACCUGGACCGCUGCUUGCAGGCCGGCGGCGCCGAGGCCGAGCCCCCCAGCAAGAGGCCGCGCCUCGCCGCCGCCCCGCCGGGCAGCCAGGCCGAGGGGCAGCCGGAGGAGGCCCGUCCGGCCGCCGGGUCCCCCGUCUUCUCCCUCUUCCACAAGGGCCGCGGCGGCGGGCAGAGCCCGGCAGCCGCCGGCGGGAGGAGCGGCGCGGGGCGGGACGAGGCCGCCGAGCAGCCGGGCCAUGGAUGCGCGGCCGCGCUGUGCGGGGAGAGCCUGGCGCAGAAGCUGGAGGGGAAGCCCCUGGCCGAGCGGCUGCGGCCGGACGCGCUGGGGGACUACGUGGGGCAGGAGCGGGUGCUGGGGGCGCAGACCCUGCUGCGGUCCCUGCUGGAGUCCCACGAAAUCCCCUCCCUCAUCCUCUGGGGGCCGCCGGGCUGCGGGAAGACUACACUGGCACACAUCAUAGCCAACAGCAGCAAAAAGAAUGGCAUGAGGUUUGUGACACUAUCAGCCACAAGUGCCAAGACAAAUGAUGUUCGAGAUGUCAUCAGCCAAGCCCAGAAUGAAAAAAGACUCUUCAAGAGAAAAACUAUCCUCUUUAUUGAUGAGAUCCAUCGUUUCAAUAAAUCUCAGCAGGACACUUUCCUUCCUCACGUCGAGUGUGGGACGGUGACCCUGAUAGGAGCGACCACAGAAAACCCUUCCUUCCAAGUCAACGCCGCUCUCCUGAGCCGGUGCCGGGUGAUCGUCCUGGAGAAGCUCUCGGCUGAAGCGAUGGAGGCAAUUCUGAUGAGGGCGGUCAGGUUCUUAGGCCUCCAGGUUUUGGGCCAGGGCGACCAGCACGGCACCCCUGCGACUGGCAGCAGCAGCAAGAGCUCGGAAUUCCCGGUGUACAUAGAGGAGAAAGCUCUGAACACACUUGCCUAUCUUUGCGAUGGGGAUGCCAGGACUGGGUUGAACGGACUCCAGUUGGCAGUUCAGGCCAGAAUAGCAGCAGGAAGGAACGCUCCUUUGAACACCACUGCCAAAGGUGGUGCUGCAGAUGGCAUUCUGGUAACAGAAGAGCAUGUAAAGGAAGGGCUCCAGCGAUCUCACAUCCUGUAUGACCGAGCAGGAGAAGAACAUUACAACUGCAUCUCUGCCCUGCACAAGUCUAUGAGAGGCUCUGAUGAAAACGCCUCCCUUUACUGGCUUGCUCGAAUGCUUGAGGGCGGUGAGGAUCCACUCUAUGUAGCAAGGAGGCUGGUGAGGUUUGCAAGUGAAGACAUAGGACUGGCAGAUCCUCUGGCUUUAACGCAAGCAGUUGCUGCUUAUCAAGGCUGUCACUUCAUUGGAAUGCCUGAGUGUGAGGUGAUUCUAGCACAGUGUGUAGUGUACUUUGCCAGGGCCCCAAAGUCUAUAGAGGUGUACAGGGCAUAUGGCAAGGUCAAGGAAUGCCUGAGGAUGCACACGGGACCACUGCCCCCUGUUCCUCUGCACCUGAGAAACGCCCCAACAAAGCUCAUGAAGAACUUGGGCUAUGGAAAAGGCUACAAAUACAACCCCAUGUACAAGGAACCUGUGGAGCAGGACUAUCUACCAGAAGAAUUGAAAGGAACAGACUUUUUCAAGGAACAAAAAACAUGACUGCUGUGCUCAGAAUGGGUUUUGAUUUUAUGGCUCAUACAUUUCUACUGGGAUCAAAAUUCCCCUACAGUGUCAGCUAGCUGUUACUGUGGUUGACAGGAUUAAGCCACCAAGCCUUCCAUAUACUUUUUUAUCCUUCUGCUUUUAUUGCUGUUGUUCAGCAGUUACUUUGUAAAGGAUUGCAGUUAGGCAGUGUAGAAAUGCAAAAAUAAGCUUAAUCCAUAUAGUGCUGUCACUGGUUUAAAUGAAAUUAAGAAAAAUCAAGAGACUUGUGUUUCUGGCUCUUGCUGUGAGACAAGAAAUAUUACUGUGCUGCUUUUUAAAAUCAGUGUCUAUUUCAGAUUUGGAGAACAUCAUUUUCCAGAAAAAUAAUAAAUUGUACCCCCUCUGCUAAAAUACUGUACAAAAUACAAUUACAGAGUAAUUUUUGCUUGUUAUGAUGUUUCAAAGACCAAUUUUGUACGACAGUUAUUGAACCAAUAAAGCUGUUACAAAUAG